UUUUGUUUUCUUAUUUUUUUUUUUUUUUACUUCUUUCUUUUCUCAUUACUAUUGUUCAAGUAAAGAAAAAAACAUGAAGAUUACAUUAUACAUUUUAUGCUUAAUGAUAUUGGCUCUAUCGUUAUGUGAAGCAGGCAGUUAUCAAAGGACUAAAGCAACAGGUUUGGAGAUAUUUGCUAAAAGAGAAGAAAAUUGCGAUGUCUCAUGUACUGGUGAAUUAUCAAAUUGUGCUGAGCGUUGUAGAAGGUCCCGUGUAGCCUCUAUUGUAGGUGAUCUUCGUGUUGUUUGUCAAGAAGGUGUCUGUUAUUGUGGAUUUGAAGUGGGUUCUGACAAUAAUUCAUAAAAUCUGUGACUGGACACAAUACCACAAAGUAUUAAAUUAUUAAAAUAAAACGCAUGUAUACAUUU